AUGUGUGAGUUUAGACUCAUUCCAGCCAUUAAAGGCGGUCGAGAGAAGCAUGGCAAGUCACUCCAGAGGCUGAGAGUGUCAUGGGCUGAAGAUGUUGAUCGAUUUGGUGUUUCUCACGUUUCCGGUGCUCGAUUUGUGACUGACGAGUUACUUCUGGAUAUGAGCUCUGUCUGUGGUAGGUUGGAUUUCAAAGAUGCAGAGUCCCACCUUGAGAGCAGCUCUGCUUCGAGUCCCAAUGGCUCAAAUCAAAUCUCUUGUAUGGGAUCUGAAGAUGCUCAAGAGUCUGAAGGGGAUGGUAGUAGUGGUUAUAUACACCAAAGUGUGAAUGAAGAAGAGUCCAAAGAUAUUAGCGAACCCAUCUCGGAGUCUUUGAAUGCUGAAGGAGAAGACAAGAACGUUGGUAUCGCAGUGCAGGACUCGUUCUCUGAGAGUGUGAGUGUGGCUCCGAUCAUCAUCCCAGCGAUCAAAGGCAGCAGGGAGAAGCAUGGCAAGUCGCUGGAGAAGCUGAGGGUGUCAUGGGCAGAAGAUGUGUAUGAUCCUACACCGUCUAUUGUCUCUCACACGAGGAGCAAGAAACAGCAGCAGACGCAGAAAUCGAAGAGCAGAGACAACUUGAAGAAGAAUGGAAAGAAAGGGCAAAAGGGAAGCAGCAAUUCGUCGUCGUCGUCAUCUCGGGGCAGCAAAGACAAGAAGUCUUCUUCACCUUCUCGCAGCAAACAGAGUCGUGAUAAGUUUGGAUGGGGUGCACAAAUGCCUAUUGUAGCCGCAUCUUCUUGA